AUGGAUCCGCCCCUUUGGCGUGAAGCGCGGUUUGACGAGCCCGACGCCCGGCGCCAGGAACGGACGCCAGAUUUCCAGCCGUUCCGCCAAUUCGAGCGCACGGGGCACCGGACCGUCCGCAAUCGUGCUCCGACCACUCCGUUCCGCCCGCGCCAACAAGCGUCGCGGCGUCCCGAGCGCCACCAGGUGUUCGGCAACAACGCCGCUAUCCUCACGGGGGAUCUCCUGUUCGCCCGUGCAAGCCAGCUCAUGGCGGAUCUCGGCGAACGCGCCAUCCGCCUGCAGGCCGGCGCCGUGGUCGCCGACGUCAGGUUGGCUGGCUGUUCCGUCUCCGGCGUCGCGUUCCCGGACGUUGUCAAACAGCAGCGGUACAUGCCGGAUCUCGCCGAUUAUCAAUCUGAGCUCCUGUCCGGGUACAUCGAGCAGACUAACUACCUUCACGUCGUGUUCGGCGACGAGGAUACCCACGUCAACAACGCCGUCAUCCUCUUCGGGGAUCCGACCAGCGCAUUCGGUCGGGACAAGGGAUCCUCCAACGGCGAAUUCAACCUCGACAUCGCCGUGGUGAGCAUCGGCUCCGUGGACGGUCUCGAAGCGUUCGGCAACGAGGUCUACGGCGCAGCGAAAGCCGGGCUGUCGAACCUGAUCCAGAAUUUGGGCGCCCGGUACGGGCCGGGGACGGUCGCGACCACUAGACCUCGACGCCCGCACGGCAUCCCGGAAGUGUAG